AUGUUCUGGUUUACUACAGUCAAAGAUAAUGAUCUGAAAACAGAGUCAAAGUACAGAAACCGUGUUCAGUAUCAGUGUAAAAACAACGACUGCACUCUGAGAAUCACAGACCUGAGAGAGAGCGACUCAGCUGAGUACAAGUUCAUGCUCAUAACAAACAAUCCAGAAGGGAAAUAUACUGGAUCACCUGGAGUCACUUUGACUGUUACAGAUCCACAGCUCCAGGUACAUGUGAGGAGAUCAACAGUAAACUCUUAUUCUAACUGGACAGAGCUGACAUGUCACAACAACUGUCAGCUACCUGAUCAAUCUUCCUACAUCUGGUACAGGAAUGGACACAAACUUUCAUCAGACGAACAAUAUUUACAGCUGAACACAUUUGAUUCUGUAGACAGUCUUUACUGUGCUGUGAAAGGAUAUGAGACAUUCCCUUCUCCAACAGUGUAUGCUCCAAAGCUUCCCUCUGUGUCAGUGAGUCCCUCUGCUGAGAUAGUGGAGGGCAGUUCAGUCACUCUGACCUGUAGCAGUGAUGCUAACCCAGCAGCUAACUACACCUGGUACAAGGAGGAUGAAAAUUUACCAAAAGCAUUUGGACAGAACUUCACCGUCACCAAGUUCAGACCUGAACACAGUGGGCGUUAUUACUGUGAAGCCCAGAACAAGCUGGGACGUCAUAACUCCACCUUACAGCUGACCAUUUUGCCAGGUUUCUCAUUGACUCCCACGCUUACGGAGCUGUAG